AUGCCUUUUCGUCCCCCACCGGCAUCCACAUGGGAGCUGUAUCAGAACCUGAAAGUCCAUCCCACCUGGGGAUAUGUUAUCUAUCGCACCACCUACUCCCCGCCAUCGGACGCUCACUUCUCUACUAUCGUCAAGUAUCUCGAUGCCUGCCUCAAAGCCGAAUUCUUUAGAGAAUGUGCUAGAGAGGUCGAGUACCAGCCCUCGGUAGAUCCCGCCAUUUACAAUGUAAUUUGGUCCAAGCAUAGUUCAACUAUUAUGGAAGACAAGGCACACUUCGAUGGGGCAUCCACUGAUUCGAUCCGCGCACAUUUCGAGGCCUGGGUCGAUGCACAGGGCCAGCGUGAUCGCUUUAACAAAUUCCGAAUGUGCAUCGUCAUUGACGAGGAGUGUCUACAGACGCUGAUAGGUACAUCGGCGGAGGCCAUCGAGCAGGAGACCGAGUACGAGACAGAAGAAACAGUGCGGUAUGUCAAGGUCGUCGAAGCGUGGCCGAUUGUGGACCAAUAUGACGAAUUUCCGGGAUGGAUGAAAUGUUGGUCGAGGGUGCUGUGGGACCUUUGGAAGAUGAUGUGCGACGGCGACGAGUUGAGGAUGUCUUACGAGAAAAUUGAUGACUUUUGCGACGGGGUGUAUUCCGGAUGA